AUGCCUUACUUUCAAGGAGCGGAAAAACUCUUCUUGACUGUCUACAUCAUAACGUUUGUAACAGGGCUUCCUUUAAACAUCAUGGCCCUUUGUAUCCUCAUUAAAAAAUGUAGUCAGAAGCUCGUUCCUGUGGAUAUCUUACUUUUCAACUUGACCAUUUCUGACCUGUUACUUCUCUUUUUCCUUCCAUUUCGUAUGGCGGAAGCUGCCUCUGGUAUGAGAUGGCUCAUACCUUAUGUCUUCUGUCCCUUGUCAGCUUUUAUGUACUUUAGCAGUAUAUACAUCACAUCACUUUUUCUUAUGGCUAUAAGUGUGGAGCGAUACCUGGCUGUUGCAUUUCCUAUCAAAUACAAGCUGUUGAGGAAACCAAUCUAUUCUGUGGUGGCAAGUGUCAUCAUCUGGGUCACAGCAACUGCUCAUUGUAGCAUUGUCUACAUUGUGGAACAUUUUGUAACCGAUAACAUGACUAGUGUCAACAUGACAGCUUGUUACGAUACAUUUUCACCAAUUCAAUUACAGGUUCUUCUGCCUGUUCGAUUCGAAAUAUGUCUUCUCCUAUAUUGUGGUCCAUUGGUGGUCACUGUAUUCUGCUACACUAACUUUGUCAGGAUUCUCUCCAUGCAACCUCGAAUAAAGAAGAAGAGAAAACUUAGAGCAAUUGGGCUGUCAGUGGCCACUAUGAUCACUUUUAUGGUUUGUUUCUUGCCCUAUAAUGUGUCUCAUAUUGUCGGAUUUAUUGAAGGAGAAAGCCCAAAAUGGAGAGUAUAUGCACUUCUUCUAAGCACAUUCAAUGCAAGUAUGGAUCCUAUUAUAUUUUACUUCUCAUGUGGCUCAUUAAAGAAGAUAUGUUUCCAGGGUAUGGUGCAGUUUAUAAAAAAGCUACACUUGGGGACAAAAUUAAGCCACAAUUUUAUCACACAAUGUGAGAAAAAAGCAGACAAUUCAAUUGCCUCUUCAUGAUGGCAUCAUAUAAUGGCAUAAACUUGCAUUAGAUAAAACUUGGAAAAAUAAAAAAGCAAAAAUCACAAAAAGAACAGAAUAACCAUGUGUCCUACAACCUAUGGUAGCGUUUGUGGUUUAAGAAGCCUUUGGGUGCCAUCUCCUAUUUUAGUCAAAAAUCUUGCAACCUAUCAUUGUCAUGUAGGUUUGGACAACUUUGGUCAGAUAAUGUAGAUGUGAAAACUCAGCACUAACUGAUUGGCAGGCAGGAGCCAAGUUGGGUGCCUAAAGAACCCCAAUUUUGUUAAACCACUUGGAGACAGUUUGACAAAAAAGUUUAAAAGUUUAAAAAGAUUACCCGAAGACUCCUUGCACCAUAUUUCACUAGAAGGAGUU